AACAUGAAUCUGGAGGUAGCCAGACGCGAGGUUAAGGCUGCCCGCAAGGCCGCCGUCAGAGCAACUGGGCCCGGCUCGCCGUGCAAGGGCGCACCCAGGUUCAAGCCGAGGAACAUCCGUCAGUUCAAAAGCAAACCCCCCAAGAGGGGUGUCAUAGGAUUUGGAGAGGAGAUCCCUGGAAUGGAGGGUCUUGGCACAGAUAUUACCGUAGUCUGCCCCUGGGAAGCCUACAGUCACCUGGAGCUGCAUGAGUUGGCUCAGUAUGGCAUCAUCUGAAUCCUGUGGAUGACACGUCUG